AUGGGCCAGGUUUUGCUCUUUGCGUCAAGUUUGGGUUUGAGUCAAGUCUUGCAAAAGGCGUCAAGUCUUACGUCAGUAUUGUUUUUUCUCGAUUUUCUGUCAGAAGAAAAGAGGACAUCGACUUUGGUGCGGAAUCAUCUGGAUUGUGAGUUCCAAUUGCAGAAAAACGCAGAGUAAGCUGCUAUAUUUUAUAGGGUUUUGUUAUAUUGUAAUAGGCUUUAAAAUAAGAUUCCUUUCUGUUUUUGUCUCGUUGAAUCUGGUUAAUUUCGUUUUCCUUGUUUCAGCACAAUGUCAGUACCACCAGGUUUCGAGAAGCAACCGAAUAAGAUGCGAACCGAGUUUACCAAACGAUUGGUUGAGUUGGUUCCGAAACAAGCACCAGUUGAUUUUGUUGGUACCCGAAGAAUAGCUAAUCAAUCAGUCAGUGAUAAAGGUGUUGCAUAUCCAGUCUGGAACGGGAAGUUUGGUCCUGUUGAGGAGAAAAGGUAAGCGUUCGCAACUUUGUGUUUGAAUUUAGGAGGAGCUUAUCUCGUACAAGGAAUUCGGAUCUGUUUCUUAUUGAAUAUGCAUCCUGGAUUAUGAGGACAGAAAAAAAUUUCUUUGCAUAUUUAGUAGUCUAACUUUUUUCAGUAUUGGAUGCGGAUGCCGAAAGGAUUUCUACGAUCAGAUGAGGGAAGACUCCAGAAGUCAGUUCAAACAUUACCCUUUCUGUCUGGAUAUAACGCUGAAGGCUGGUAGCAGCAAACGCGAGGGAUCCACAUAA